AUGGUCUACGAGAUAUUGCUGGGUGGGUGUAUGACCACGGUACCUUAUCGACGGCAAACCUCCUUUUGCAUGGCUAACUUUCGGAGGAUGUCACAUUAUAUGAUAAUGUGGCUUCUGUCCUGCAUAAAAACGCUGCUUUUUCUGCUUCAAAAAGCUAUUUGUUAUGAUAAAGUGAGACAUCACGAUGAACACUUGGCGGAUGAAGAGAAGUACAAGACGUAUUGUAAUAUUCCAAUAGACACUAGGUUGGAGAUCAAAAGAUCGAAAGUCACUGGUAGUAGAAAUACCAACAGUAUCAUGGAACGAACGGGUCUUUUACCUGAUGUGAAAUACAAACAGGAUUUACAUUUAUCUGACUUCGUGGAUCAUCCUGCUGGAAUCGGUAGCACUCUUGGUCAAAAUUCUCACCUAUACUCCACUAGGUUCUUUAAAGAAAAGAAAUCAAAGUACAUUGAUAAAUGUGGUAAUAGCCGCGUUUUGUUUGACUUGAAUCACGAAACGACAAGCUCUUGUAUUUCAACGUUUGUGCACUACGCAAGUAAAAAUGAGAAAAAAGUUGUUAGUAACAUUGCAGUCAUUGUCACAAUUGUGAGAUUGCUGAAAAUGGUGAAACAUUCAUCUAAUGUAAAGAAGGUGACAUACCAAGAUUCUACUUCUUGUGUUAUUAUUUCAAUAAGAAUGAGCUAA